AUGUCGACACCAGAUAUUGUCAUGGCAUUCAUUGGCGAAUCUGGCUCAGGAAAGUCUACUUGUAUCAAUUAUUUUGCGAAUUAUUUCACCGCUUCAUCGUUUGAUUACCAAAAUCAUUAUUCAAAGAUGAAAAUUGUUAUACCAAACAACUUGUUUCCAAAGCCGAAUUUCGUUGCUAGUAGUCAACAACAUACUGAACGUAAUGUACACGAUAAUACGAUGAGUCAAACUCAGGCUUGUAGUGUUUAUGAUUUUAAGUACAAUGAACAACAUAUCAAAAUUAUUGAUACACCCGGCUUCAAUGACACAGACUCAAGUAAAGAUGAUCAGAAUAUUCAAAAAAUAUUGAAACAAAUCUCUCAAGUACCAUUCAUUACUGCCAUCAUCAUCACAAUCAAUGGUACCAAUACUCGCUUAUCAACAUCAAUUAGAACAACGUUGACUCAACUUCGUGGUUCAUUGCCAGAUAGUGUUUUCGAUAAUUUAUUUUUUAUAUUCACAAAUUGUACCGAAGAAACACGAAAUUUUGAUCUGAAACUACUGAGUGAACUCAAUCCAUCAGUAGAACGAACAUUCCAUAUGCAGAAUUCGUUGUUUUCCAUCAAAGAUUUGACUAUUUUAGAAAAUAAUAAAUUAGUACGAAAAAUGGUCCAAACAUGGGAAGACUCGGUGGAAACGAUGCGUGAAAUAAUGGAUAAAAUAGAUCAAACAUCGGCUACAUCCGUUCAAGAAUUUGAAGAAAUGCGUAUUCGACGUGAACGACUACUUGCACAUAAAGAAAACUUAAUAGUAAAACAAAAAUCAUUGUUAGAAAUUAUCAAGCAAUUAGAAAUCGAAAAAGACCGACUAAAGACCGCAAGUAAUGACCAACAAGCAAAUCGAAAUUUCACAGAAGAGAAAACGAUCAGCGUUAUUGAAAUAGAGAAAAAGCCAUAUUUUAGUACACUUUGUACACAACAUGGCAAAGUACAAGUAUGCCAUGAAAAAUGUAGUUUGUCAUAUGAACCAAAUUUGAAUUUGGCUCAUUUUGAACGCUGUGCUGCUGCCGAUGGAAAAAACUGUCGACAUUGUAAAUGCGGAAUGAAUGAACAUCUACAUUCGUAUGAAAUUCCAGUAUCAAGACCAAAAACAAUCAAUGAAAUAAUUCAAAGUAAAAAAGCAGCAUAUGAUAAAGCAACCAAAGAUGUUUACACUACUCAUGUUAAAUUACUUAUAUUCGAUUCAGCGCGAGCUGAGUUUGAAAGCGAAGUUAAUGAUAUUAAAAAUGACUUAAUAUCGACCAUUCGUGAACUAAAACAAAUAUGUUCAAACUUUAAUUUUCUUGAAGAAAUGAAGGGUACAAUAGAAAAACUAAGAAAAGAAGCCAAAAUUGCAACAGACAUGCGAGCAAAAGAAGAAUUCAAUAAUACAGCUGAUGCCAUUGAACAACUUUCGACAAGUUUAACAAACAAACUUCAUGUCAGAAACAAACGUAUUUUUUCAUAA